UAAUUCUAAUACUAGUGCUGUUGAGGAGGCUGUUAAAGAAAUUGAUAAAACUGAAGAUGCUGAAGAUAGAACUGAUGAUGCUGGUGAUGAUGAUGCCGGUGAUGCUGAACAUGAAAGGACAGAGUGGGGAUUGUUAAGGUUAUUUAGAGAUGCGUGGCUGUGUGCAGAGCAUGCUGGAAGGACUGAAGUUGAGUUGAGAGAUUUGAGGUUUGCAGCAGAGUUCCGAGAACAAGUGAGGAUUGAAACUCUUACAAAUGAUUAA